AGAGUUCCAUUACAAAUGAACAGACUAGUAAAUCUCAUUUUGUAUUUCCUUCAAGGUAUUGCGCAGCGAUGCACAGCCAUCAAGUACCACUUUUCUCAGCCAAUCCGCUUGCGAAACAUUCCUUUCAAUUUAACCAAGACAAUUCAGCAGGAUGAAUGGCACCUGCUUCAUUUGAGAAGAAUCACUGCUGGCUUCCUGGGCAUGGCGGUGGCCGUCCUGCUGUGCGGCUGCAUCGUGGCCACUGUCAGCUUCUUCUGGGAGGAAAGUCUGACCCAGCAUGUGGCCGGCCUCCUGUUCCUCAUGACAGGGAUCUUUUGCACCAUUUCCCUCUGCACGUAUGCUGCCAGUGUCUCUUACGAUUUGAACCGGCUCCCGAAGCUAAUUUAUAGCCUGCCUGAUGAUGUGGAACAUGGCUACAGCUGGUCUAUCUUCUGCGCCUGGUGCAGUUUAGGUUUUAUCGUGGCAGCUGGAGGUCUCUGCAUCGCUUAUCCGUUUAUUAGCCGGACCAAGAUUGCACAUCUAAAGUCUGCCAGGGACUCCACGGUAUGACUGUCAGCACUCAGAGCCCGGGAUGGUGUGGGCAACUCCUAGCGGGAGAGGAGCGGAGUUCACAUCAGGAUUCCAAGCACAAAGUCGUCUUUUUACAUUCCAACCUGUUGCCUGCAGCCCUUUCUGGAUGACUGAUUGAAAAUCAUGCAAAACUUCCUGACCUUUCUAAGGACAAGAUUACUGUGGAUUCAAGUGCUUUAAUGACUCUUUAUGCUUUGACUGUGAGAAAUAGGGAACAGUGUGCCAUGGAACACUUCUAGGCGUAGAAGAAGAACUACGAUGGAAAAAUUUGUAUCGUUUCCAUUUAUUUCAGAAAGUUUGUAUAUAACAAUUACCUGAGAGUCAUUUCUAUUUGCAAAGGAUUCAUAACAAAGCGAGUAUAAUUUUCUUGUUACUGUUCCAUGCUCGUUAAAGUUUAAUGCAGCAUCUUCAGAACUUGUCCUCAUGGUGUCUUGUGUCAGCACACAAUAUUUGCGCAUUAUUUGUGGAUGUUCUUUGUCACAGGGGGAUUCUUCUUCUGUUGCCUUAUUAUUACUUUUUAAUUGAAGUCUCUUCUCUGUCUUUGUGCUGGGAUCAGAAUCAUGAGGAAAACAGAUCAACCGUGUAAGAGCUAAUCCGUGACACUAUGCAGUCUUGUUUGAAGUCCUAUCUGUUGUUCAACCUCUGUCUCUUUAUGUGAACUGGAUUUCUGCAUUAAAUGACUGCCCCCUUGUUAAUGCAGGUGUGCUUUUCUCUGUCAUUUAGCUUGUUCAAUGAGUCUCCCUAGACAAAGCACAGAUGAGAACUCCAUUGUUUUAAUAAGACUCAUAUUAAACCUAAUUGCCUGUUUCAAUUAGGUUGGUCUUUAUUAAUCUUUUGUAGCAGUCACAUGCUUGCAAUUGACAAAAGCUGUUAUUCCAAAUUUCCUUUUAAACCUAACUGUGAUAUUUAAAUCUUAUCCCUUUCCUUUGCCAUCUGCUUGGUAUUUAUCCAGUGAUAGGGAGACAUGGGCCCUCGCCUUGUUCUGGGCCAGUGACUUUCAACUUUAGCUAUACAUGAGAAUCACUUAGCAAAUUCUUCAACUGUCCCCAGACUGAGUCCCAGUCAGACCAAUUAACUCAACGUCCACAGUUGGACCCAGGCCUGAUUUUCUUUUGUUUGUUUUUUUAACCAUCCCAGAUAAUUCUGAAGUGCAGCUGGAGAACCACUGUUUGGAGCCAGAAUUGUACUGACCUCCUUAGCUACUAAGCUAUUAACUUAUCUAGCUCUUACUAUGUGCCAGUAACUGGGUUGUUUUUAUUUUUUCUGGAUAUCUUUUCACUUAAUUCUCUCAAAAGCUCAAUGAAGUAGUUGCUAUUCUCUGCCAGCUCAGGAUCAGACUCCAAACAUUUGUGUUUUUCCCUCAAUCCCUUUCUUAUUUGUAGGUAUAGAACAGAAAUUAAAGGCCUUCCAUAUACUGUAUUUUCUUAUCUUUCAAUGGAGGAUUAGGCAUUAGCUAACUGCUAAGCCCUUCCUUUGAACUCUAACAUUAUUCCUUCUCUAUGUGGGUAUGUAUGAUAAAAAUGUUUUGUAAAAUAGGGGAAGAUGCCAUAUCCUGAAUAAGAUGCUGUUUCAGACUUGACUUUCACAAAAAGGUACUAUUCUUUUGUUCUUUAUAUUUAAAAAAAAAAAGCUUCUUUAGUACUCAGACAAGGAAAAUACCACCCGGGCAGAAUAAAGUCAGAUUUCCAAGUGAUAGGGUCCACAUUUUGUCACGGAAACUGUUCCGAAGAGGCUGGAUGACAUUCGGGCCCUGUGUCUCUGGGCACAACUGAAGCUCAUAAACAUAUUCCUGACAGUCUCUCUAAUAAACCGGUCCCUCUGGAUGAGAUCAGAGACAUAUGGAAAGAGGCAAUUAUUUCCAUUUAUUACUUAUGUGGGAAAUCCUCAAAGCAGGAGCACUCUUCCUUUGAACUCCUUUUUUUUUUUUUUUUAAAUAAAGAUCUCCACAGAAGAUGUCAGGACUCUUGAACAUUUAUAUUCCACCCACCAAAGCAGCGUCUGUGUGAGUCAGUAUUGAAGUUUCAGAGAGCCUUUCUAGGGGUUUGAGGUGAGAAUAGAAGAAAGCUUUGCAGUGGCAGAAGGUGAAAAGGUUCACGCACCAGAAGGGUUUGCCCAGAAGCAAGAAUUUACUUAGGAUUCAAACGUGUGCUGGCAAGAACUGGGCCUCCCUGCCUUCCAGUCGCCGCAGGCUCAGGACAUGGAGCCACAUGCCUGGCCACGGUC